CGCGGCAUUGGUUGUUCAAGGUAAUUCGCUGGCGUUGGUUUACUUUGCGAAACCUCGGAUAUGAGUCGUUGAUAUCAUAAUGACAAUACAUUGAUAAUAUCCAAUGUUAUGCUUUCUCUCUCCCUUUUGCCUGUCCAUCUAUCUUCCAACUUUGAAAGUAGAAAAUAUUGAACAGUUCGUUUCAUUACUUCCUUACUUUCUUUGUUUAUCUGUAAAGAAAUGAAUUUUUGUCUUGUCAUUUAUUUAUCCUUCUGGUUACAUUCCACCUAUUGUCUAGCUCAGGAUGAACAGAAUUUAUUCUAUCAUUUAUACGCUUUAUUUACUGGGAAUCAAACAUUAACUAAUAUUAUACCAUCCAGUUGGUUAGAUUAUCUUAUUAGUUUGCCUGGAUCUGGAUAUUUAAUCGCAUUUGUUUAUUGGUUACGUCAUCCGCUUCUUUUAUGUUUUCUACUUCCAUUUUUGUUAAUCUUUUUUAUUUAUUUCACUGUAAUUUUACUUCAUUUAUACCAUUUACGUUUUUGGUUACGUCGUCAUUUAAAUCGUUUAUUGUCCAAGUUCAGACAGUCGUCAACUUCACCAUCAAUAUCUAUAUCAUCUACUAGUCACAUAUAUUUAGAUUCACUAGCAGAAUUAUUACGUCGUAUUGUUGCUGCUGUAUGGGAUGCUCAUGGACGUAUAUUUCACGGUUACGAAGUAAUUGGUAUGGAGAAAUUACCACCAAAUGGACCAGCUUAUUUAGUUUAUUAUCAUGGAACAUGUCCAUUUGAUGCAUAUUAUUUUACAUCGAGGUAUUGUAUUGAAAGAGAUAGAUUUCCUGUUCCUGUUGUAGACAGAUUUUUAUUUCGUGUACCUGGACUUGGACGUUUACUAGAAACAAUCGGUGCAAUUAAAGGUUCUGUUGAUGAAUGUGUUGCUCAUCUGCAACCAGGUCAUAUUCUCAAAAAUGGUAAAGUUUCACAAGGUGAUGUAUUAUUAAUCUCUCCCGGUGGUGUUAGAGAAGCUUUAUUCUCUGAUGAAUUUUAUACAGUUAUGUGGGAGAAUCGUCGAGGUUUUGCACGUAUUUCUUUAUUAUCUGGACAACCUAUUUAUCCAAUGUUUACAGAAAAUAUUCGUGAAGCCAUAAGAAUUGUACAAUUUGGCAAAGGUUGGUGGCGUAGUUUAUAUGAAAGAACACGAUUACCGUUAGCUAUAUUUUAUGGUUAUUUUCCUGUUAAACUUAGAACCUAUAUUGGUGAUCCGAUUUAUCCAUUGCCAAAUGAAACAUCUGAUGAAUUAGCUAGUCGAGAUUCUAAGCUGGUGCUUGCCACAUGAUGCAGUUUGAUGAUUUCAUCAAUGUAUGUCCUAUCCACUUCCAACGUCCUUGCCUAAUUUCCUCUUCAACUGGAAGGUGGUUUGUUCUCUCCAACAAUAGGCUGUUGCCGAUGGUAUCCGGUCAACGGGUUUGGUGUGUCCUGUGUAGACAAUUGUUUAAAAAUACCUGUACUUUUUAGUUGAUGGUUGUAGUAGUCUCCCAAGUUCCAGCUCCGUACAGCAGAACUAACUUACUUGACUUUCGUAUUGAAGAUUUUGACUUUAAUAUUGGUUGACAGUUGCUUUGAGUUCUUGAAUUGUAGGAAUGCGGCCAUUACUUUUCCAGUCCUUGUCUUUACAUUUGCAUGAGAUCCUCCUUGUUCAUCGAUGAUGCUGUCCAGGUUCGUAUAUCCAUUGAAGAACUUAUCAGUAAGCAUCAGUUAAUACCGGCAAAUCUUUUUUGUGCUAUUAUGCAACGAUUCCCUAUAUUCGAUCGUUGGUUAACAAAAUAUAAACUUAAACGAUUUCAUCAUUAUCAUCAACAUCAUAGACAAACAUAAAUAUCAGUUCAAAACUGUCCGACAAAUUUCUUUUUGUUCUAACUUUGAUUUCAAACAAAAUUGAUUCAAUGUACAAAUAAAUUUUGGUAUUCAGUCAUUCUACGAAUACGUUCCUAAGAAAGAAAUAAAGAAAGAAAAAAGGAUCAAAAAGAGAAACAAUUCAAUAAUGUUAUAAAUGAAGAAGAAUAUAUUAAUUCAUUAUUAUAAUUAAUUUCUAAUAAUCGAUUUGGAUUUGAUGAUGGUAGAGAAGAUUUGUAAUUCAGAUGGAUGAUUUUUUGUUCUUUGAACUGAAUGGUUUAGGUCGUGAAGCUUUCAUUAUUCUUUUGAAUGAUAUCAUCAUCACAAUGGACAUUUCCUAUUAGUUAUUAUUUAAUUCACUUGUUUAAUAUUAUACAAAUGGUUACGAUGUGGUCUGUUUGGUUGGUAUAUAAACAGAGUAUGUUUGAAAUAUAAGAGUUCAUAACUUA